CUGAAAAAUUUCAGUAAGUAUAGGUACUUUUAUUAAGUACUUGGUAAUUGGAAUAAAUACAUUUGAGAAAAAAAUGUACUCUGUACUUCAAUUACUUCCACAAAACUUUGAGUACUUUGUAUUUUGUACUCCAAAGUAGGUACCUAACUACUUUAGUACCUAAUGUAUAUAGGUACCUACUUGUAACAGCUCUGACCGUAUAGGUAUAUUAAACGAGUGCGCAAUGGUAGUUUUACUUGAUAAAGGCGCAAAGUUAUGUUUUUCCGCACGCGAUAGCAGUAAGCAGUUAGAUGAAUAAGAGCUUAAGUGCGGAAAAACUACUUUGAAUCAUACGUAUUAAAGGACGUUGUGGUCAAAAUAUUCAAUACCUACACAAAAAUGUAAUAAAAAUAAAAAAAUACAUCGAUAUUGGAGAAGAUAAGAAAAAAAAUCGGGAAAAAGGGUGCGCAAAGUAAUUUCUUUGCGGUCACUCCUAUUGUACAAAAACUCUUAUUAAGUGUAGGACAAAAAUGGACGCGAUUCUUCUUUUUUUUUCAAUUUUGCCGCUGGCCUUUGCUACCGAAACACAUUUGAAAAUUUUAAAGUGAGGUUAUGUCAAAAAAAAAAAAAGUAAACAACUCGACUAAAAGAACUCCUGUGAUUGUGAUAUAAACUAAAAAAUUCAAUUAUAACAACAAUAUGAGUGCUAUUACAACUAUAGACUAUCUACUGCCAGGCGAAAUAGUCGACAAUCUAAAAUCAAAAGACAGGCACACCAUAAUAGGCCCAGGCCUUCGCAGAAACGAAGAAAACCCCAACAAAAGCCUCAUUGUAACUCAAGCAGGUUGGCUCCGGUUUAGAUCUCCGAACACUUAUUGGAUCGACAGCAGAAGAAACAGGUACAUACCGAAAAAAGGCGACCUCGUCAUUGGAAUAGUAACGAAAAAAUCCGGCGACAUCGUAAGAGUGGACAUUGGCAGUGCAGAAACCGCAAGUUUGUCCGUGUUCUCGUUUGAAGGGGCCACAAAAAAAAUGAGGCCCGAUUUGAACAUCGGAGACAUCGUUUAUGCAAAACUAUUAACCGCACACAAGGAUAUGGAACCGGAAUUGGUUUGCAUCGAUCAAUAUUUCAGAGCGGGCCGUCUAGGGAUUUUAUCGAACGACGGGUUUUUGGUUUGUUUGAAUUUAAACCUGGCCGAGACAUUAUUGAAUGCAGAAAACCCUCUAUUGAGGACCCUUGGCAAGAAAUUUCCUUAUGAAAUUGUUAUUGGGGUUAAUGGUAGGGCCUGGAUCAAAGCUAAUCAGGCCAAAGAUGUUUUGACUAUUUGUAAAACUUUUGAGGUUGCUAAAAAUGAGAGUGAGAAAAGUAUCAUUGAAGCUUGUAGACAAACUAAAUAAAAUAGAAAUUUUGC